AUGAAGUGGAACCGGAAAUCCUACCAAGCGAAAAAACGUGGUAAUGAAGAUGGCGACCAGCAAGAUUUUAGAAAACGCAAUCGUGUGGCAAAGAAUGAUUAUCGUUAUUUAGUGGCCAGUAGUGAUGCCGGUUCAAUAAUCGGACGUGGUGGACAUAAUAUACAAAACCUUCGAAGUAAACACAAAACAAUUAUACAAGUUCCUGAUUGCGAUGGCCCCGAGCGUAUUCUGACAAUAAGUGGCGAUGUAGAUGCGGUGUUAGACACUUUAAAAGACGUUUUACCAACUAUGGCUGAAAAUCAAAGAGCUCGAAAAGAUCAAUGUGAAUUACGGGCUCUUAUUCAUCAAAGUCAAGCGGGUGCAAUUAUUGGAAAGGGAGGGGACAGAGUGAAAGAAUUACGGCAAAAGUAUAGUCUUGAUACAAAAGUUUUCCCUCAAGUUUGUCCGGGUGACUCAACAGAAAGAGUGAUUUCAUUACGUGGAGCUCAAAUCGAUAUUCUACGUUGUCUGACAGAAGUGUAUAGUAUUUUGGAUCAAACUCCUAUUAGAGGACCAAGUCGUCUUUAUGAUCCGUUUACAUAUGAUGGUUAUAAUGUUGAGGAGUAUGGUGGCUUUUUUGAUCAAGGAGAGAUGGGUCCUUGGCGCGCAGCAGGAAAUCGCGCUAGACAAGAAUAUGAAGGUGAUAGUCGAGGUGGAAACUAUAAUCCUAGUCAAUUAAGUGGGAAUUAUAAUGAAGGACAAAAUAAUUAUGGUGGUGGCUAUAAUCAUCAUAUGGGUGGUGGUGGUGGUGGAAUAAAUUCAAAUAGUUAUCGUGGUCAAAAUCACGAACCUGCUAGUGACUCAAUUACAACACAAGUAACACUUCCCAAUGAUUUAUGUAGUGCGAUUAUUGGUCCUAGGGGCACGAGAAUAUCGCAAAUACGAAAGCAGUCAGGAGCUGGAAUUCGUAUCGACGAUCCGCUAGAGACGAAUGAUCGUAUUAUCACAAUAACCGGUACACAACAACAAAUAACACAUGCCCAGUAUCUAUUACAAAUGGCUGUUAAGCAGUCAGGUCUCUACAAUGGCUAA